CCUGCUGACGAGGGUAGGGCGGAAAGGCUCAGGCGAGGGAUUGACGAGGGCCGGGUUCGGGAGGGAUGCUGGGAGCUUUGACUCACUCGCACACCAUGUGUCCCUCCGCGCGCAGCACGGGGGACUUUUCGGUGGGGAUUUUGGGCGCCGACCAGACGCGGCAUUUUCGGAAAAUAGCGCCCUGUGCAGCUGAAGCGCUUUGUGUGUAGCGGGGCCGCGUCAGCCCGGCCGGGUACGAGGCGCCUCAGGUCCCCUAACCACCUCCUGCUGCUCCCCCGUCGCCGCUCCCGAAGCUUUUCCAGAUGUCCCUGGUAGAUUUGGGAAAGAAGCUUUUAGAAGCAGCACGAGCAGGUCAAGAUGAUGAAGUUCGUAUUUUGAUGGCUAAUGGAGCUCCUUUUACUACAGACUGGCUGGGAACUUCUCCACUUCAUUUGGCAGCACAGUACGGGCAUUAUUCCACCACAGAAGUACUACUUCGAGCUGGUGUAAGUAGGGAUGCCAGAACCAAAGUUGACCGCACGCCACUGCAUAUGGCAGCUUCUGAGGGCCAUGCCAGCAUAGUAGAGGUUUUGCUUAAGCAUGGUGCUGAUGUCAAUGCCAAGGACAUGUUGAAGAUGACAGCUCUACAUUGGGCCACUGAACAUAAUCAUCAAGAAGUGGUGGAACUUUUAAUCAAAUAUGGUGCUGAUGUACACACGCAAAGUAAAUUUUGUAAAACUGCAUUUGAUAUUUCAAUAGACAAUGGGAACGAAGAUUUAGCAGAGAUACUACAGAUUGCUAUGCAGAACCAAAUCAACACAAACCCAGAGAGUCCCGACACUGUGACGAUACAUGCUGCCACACCGCAGUUUAUCAUUGGACCUGGAGGGGUGGUGAACCUAACAGGUCUGGUAUCUUCAGAAAAUUCAUCCAAGGCAACAGAUGAGACGGGUGUAUCUGCUGUUCAGUUUGGAAACUCCUCCACAUCAGUAUUAGCUACACUAGCUGCCUUAGCCGAAGCAUCUGCUCCGUUGUCCAAUUCUUCAGAAACUCCAGUAGUGGCUACAGAGGAAGUAGUUACUGCAGAAUCUGUGGAUGGUGCAAUUCAGCAAGUAGUUAGUUCAGGGGGUCAACAGGUCAUCACGAUAGUUACAGAUGGAAUUCAGCUUGGAAAUUUGCACUCCAUUCCAACCAGUGGAAUAGGUCAGCCCAUCAUUGUGACCAUGCCAGAUGGACAACAAGUAUUAACAGUACCAGCAACAGACAUUGCUGAAGAAACUGUCAUAAGUGAAGAACCACCAGCCAAGAGACAAUGUAUCGAAAUAAUUGAAAACCGGGUGGAGUCUGCAGAAAUAGAAGAGAGAGAAGCUCUUCAGAAACAGCUGGAUGAAGCUAAUCGAGAAGCACAAAAAUAUCGACAGCAGCUUCUAAAGAAAGAACAGGAAGCAGAGGCCUACAGACAGAAGUUAGAAGCCAUGACUCGUCUUCAGACUAAUAAAGAAGCUGUUUAACUGAAGUGAACAUGUAGUUUGAGUUUACUUUUGGUCAAGGAAGAAUACAAUAUUGAACUGUACAUGAUAAGGUGCAGUCAUGGGAAGACAGGAUAAUAGGAGAGACUGCAGAUUGAUAAUUGGACUUAAGCCAUGAGCUCUGAAUUCUUGUAACAUAAAACUUUACUAUAGAAGUUGUUAAAUGUAUUUAAAACUGAAUUCUGUAAAUAGUUUUUCUUUUUUUUUUUACAGUUCCAAAUGAGUUGAUAAAGAUUGUUGAAGAGAUCCAAAAACUCAAGAAGCCACUGUUUUUGUGAAUUCUUUUUGAUUUUAGUACAAACCUUAAUUUCUCAGAAACAGAACAGUUUUAAGGGUGAUCGUUGUUGAUUAGACCAAAUGUUGUGUAAUAAUUAUGUGGUGGACUGAUGCUGGAAUUACUCCUGUAGGUAUAAACUUCUAUCUGAAGAGAAGAUUUCUCCCAGGAAGUCUUUGUACAGCUUUAAGUUGUCUCAGAUUCUCUGAAAACAUUUUUUAGAAAGCAAAUUUUUAUAUUUGUUCAAUUUCAGCUAUACCCAAGUAGAUUUACAUGUAUAUGGAGCAAAUAUUUUUAAAACUUUCUGUUUGUACAUAUUCUGCAUGUUUUAUAAUUUCAAAAUGCAUCACUUGCAUAGGUAUUUUUCCCAUAAAAGAUGAUGAAAGUUACUUGGAAAAAAAGAAACCCUUUUAUUGUAUAGGUCAUUGAAUCUAAGUAAGCUAGCGGCUGUUUUUAUUGGAAUGACAAUGUUCUUGGAAGGAGCAGCUUACAAGAUACCUUGAAUUUGCAAACUGCGAAGUCUUUGCUUAUUUGAAAAUUUCAUAGUGGGGACGUGAAACUGUAUUCUGUGCCUUCCAUCAUGAUUUCCACAUGAAAGCACUUCAAGGCACUGGAUUUUAAGAUAAUGUUUUUGGAAAACUCAGAGCAUAUAGGUUUCUGAAAUAUCUCAUGGACUCCCCCCCCUUUCCCCAUGAAAUUAUUCUUAUGGAAAAAAAUUGCUUUUUUGUAUGUAGAAUAAGAAGUUUUGUACUACAGUGAUGCUAUAGAUACGUCUAACAUAACUUUUACUUUUCCCCGUGAAAGCUGUAUGUCUGUGCUGUGACUGGCGCUCAUUGCAAUAUUGUUGAAUUCCACAAUGUAUGGAUAUUAAACUCUGACAUACUGUCCCUUUUUUGUAAAACAUAAUUUCAGGCCCUUUUUUCUUGUUUUAUUUUUUAAUGUUUUAUUGCUUUAUGAAAAUGUUUAACCCUAAAACCCUUCUAGAUUACCAAUACUGUAUAAAGAAGCAAUUACCCUUAAAACUGUACUCUGGCCUACUUUUCUAUUUUACAAUUAAAUAUCUUUUCCACAUA